AGUUUGUUUCGGUGCGUGGCGGUUGCUAGGGAGACGUUGGUCAACGGCUGCUGCUGGCUGCAUCUGACGCCGGUUACUGACAGCACAGCACGGAGCGGCGACCGCAACAUGAGCUGCCGCCGCAUCAUGCAGAUUAAGGAACAGAGAAGAGCUGCUGCACAUGCCCAGUGGUAGCAGCUUCUUCUGCUAAGUUUGCCGUGUGUGUAUCCGGGUCCUCAAUCAGUGCACUGGACCAGAGAGAUCAGCUACCAUGAAGAAGAGACAGGAGCCUUAUCAUGAGAGCGGAGCGCAGGGAGAAGGCUGUGUCCGUAAAGAAGCAGUGCUGCUGCUGGCUGAAUGUAGGAGGGAAGCUGCAGCGCACAUCUCCCCUCAGGCAUUUCUACCUCUUCGGAGCUUUGAGUCAUAUUUGAUGAGUGAAGAGGAUCGAUACGUGUUCAUUGCAGAAUGGUAUGAUCCAAAUGCUGCUCUGCAGAGGCGUUACCAGCUCCUCUUCUACCCCAAGGAUGGAUCUGUGGAAAUGUUUGAUUUAAAGAACCAUCGUGUCUUCUUAAGACGAACCAAGUAUGAUGCAUUAAGGAAAGAAGACUUGUUUGUCGGAAACAAAAUAAACGUUUUUUCCCGUCAGCUUCAUCUAGUCGACUAUGGAGACCAGUACACUGCCCGCAAGGUUGGCAGUAAAAAAGAAAAAACACUGGCGAUGAUAAAACCUGAUGCCAUACUAAAAAUGGGCUCAAUUAUUGAAGCAAUUUUAGAUUCAGGAUUUUUUAUUACAAAAGCCAAGAUGGUUUUACUAUCUCGAACUGAAGCUAUGGACUUCUACAGUGAACACCAGUCAAAGUCUUUUUACAAUGACCUGGUCAGUUUUAUGUCAAGUGGUCCAAUCGUUGCAAUGGAGGUAAUUGGAGAUGAAGCUGUAUCUUCCUGGAGAAAAUUACUAGGUCCAACAAACUGUAGUGUUGCCCGAAGUGAGUCUCCAGAAAGUAUCAGAGCCAGAUUUGGCACUGAUGGAACAAAGAAUGCCGCUCAUGGUUCUGACUCUAUGGCUUCAGCUGCCCGUCCUGACAGAAUUGUUGAUGCCUCAGUUCAUACAAAUAAAGUGGAGUUAGAGUUUUUCUUUCCAUCCAGUGGAGGUCGAGGACCAAAAAACACUGCAACAUUCACCCAGUGUACUUGCUGCAUUAUUAAGCCGCAUGCCGUGUUAGAAGGCUUAACAGGGAAAAUUAUAAAUUACAUCCUGGAUGCAGGCUUUGACAUUUCUGCAAUGCAAAUGUUUACUAUGGAAAAAGCCAAUGCUGAAGAAUUCUAUGAAGUUUACAAAGGUGUUGUAGCAGAGUACCCAGAAAUGUUGGCGGAAUUAUGUUCCGGUCCUUGUAUUGCUUUGGAAGUCCGGGGAACUGAUGCUCCAAAGUCCUUCAGGGAGGUUUGUGGACCAGCAGACCCUGACAUAGCCCGCCAUCUACGGCCCAGGACCCUCCGCGCUCAAUUUGGAAAAACAAAAGUAAAAAAUGCUGUCCACUGUACUGAUCUUCCAGAAGACGCAGUGCUAGAGGUACAAUAUUUCUUCAAGAUUCUAGACAACUGAAGCCUCUCAAAAGAACACAGGAAACAAGAAUGGAUUUAUUCAUUUUAUUGUCUGAUGUUUUGACUUAGAGCACUGUACUCCUCGCAGAUAUUACAGAUGUUUAAACAAUGUGCGCACAGUAGACAUGUAAUACAUCCUAUGGGAUACUGCAUUGCAUUUUUAAAAUAAAGAUCUAUUUUUCAACA